UAACAAAAUACCAAAAUGAAAAGUAAAAUACGUUAUACACGCAGUAAAAGUUUCAAAGAAAUUUUAGGUUAUAAUCAUGAUAACGAUGAUCAACCAGAUUUGGGUCUCUCAAAUUCCAACUUCACAGCAAGUUCAAAUUCUAGUCUGUCAUCGGGUGGUGGCUCCGAGAGUCCAUCCACUUCGAUGGAACAAAUGGGUGGAGCGGGUGUUGCAACACCUACAGCCACCACCUCAGCAAUGCAUCACCACCAUCAUCAUCAGCACCAGCACAGUCAUCAGGACUCGUUUCAUGGCAGUAUUGGUGGUUCUUCGAAUGCUAGUUUUUUGGGUGGUUCAGCGGCUGGUGGUCAAAUGGCACGUCAUUGGAAUUUUGAAAGUGAUGAGGAGGAUGAUCUCAAUGAGGCCGACUGGAGUUCAAAUGUAGCUGGCGAAAUACUGGCGGCUCUAACAGAUGCCGAAAAGAAACGUCAAGAGAUUAUAAAUGAAAUUUAUCAAACCGAACGUAGUCAUGUCCGCACUUUAAAACUCUUAAAACAUUUAUUCUUAUUACCCCUCCAAGAAAGUAAUCUACUUUCUCAAGAUCAUUUAAUGUUACUCUUCCCACCCUCUUUGUCAUCGCUGUGUGAUCUACACGGUGCCUUCGAGCAGAAACUCAAACAGCGUCGUCUCGAUCAUAAUUAUAUUGUAAAUAGUGUUGGUGAUCUAUUCGCCGAAAUGUUUGAUGGCAAAAACGGUGAAGAGUUGCGUGAAUUUGCCGCCCAAUUUUGUGCUCGUCAACAAAUUGCUUUAGAAGCUCUCAAAGAGAAACGUCGCAAAGAUGAACAAUUACAAAAGUUGCUUUCGAAAGCUGAAUCACAUAAGGCCUGUCGUCGUUUGCAAUUGAAAGAUCUAUUGCCGACGGUAUUGCAACGUCUUACCAAAUAUCCCCUGUUGUUUGAAAAUCUCUAUAAAGUAACGGUGCGUGUGGUGCCCGAGGAUACGGCCGAGGCGGAGGCUAUACAGAAGGCUUUAGAGUCGUCGAAAAAGAUAUUGGUCGAUGUUAAUCAGGCGGUAAAGACAGCUGAAGAUGCGCAUAAAUUGCAAAAUAUUCAGCGUAAAUUAGACAAAUCAACAUUUGAUAAGGACGAAUUCAAGAAUUUGGAUUUAACACAAUACCGUUUGAUACAUGAUGGUAGUUUGACCAUGAAGAAAAAUCCAAGUAUACAAUUACAUGGUUUAUUAUUCGAAACAAUGAUUGUAUUACUGACAAAACAGGACGAUAAAUAUUCAUUGAAAUAUUUACAUGCAGCCCGUAAUACCGAAGUUAAUAAUAAACCCGUUAGUCCCAUUAUGAGCAUCGAUUCGGAAACGUUGGUGCGUCAGGAGGCCGCCGAUAAGAAUUCAUUUUUCUUAAUUAAAACAAAAACAUCACAAAUGUUGGAAUUACGAGCGCCAAGUAGUUCAGAAUGUAAAACGUAAGUUGUCAAAUUUUGUUUUUUAUUA